UGUCUUGCCUUGUGCUUGUUUUCGCCUCUAGUCUGCCCUGGCAUGGAUAUCCGGAACAACCUGACGAGGCUGCACGAACUGGCCAACUGCUCGGUCAUUGAAGGUCAUUUGCAGAUACUGCUCAUGUUCAAAACGAGGCCCGAGGACUUCCGAGACCUCAGUUUCCCCAAACUCGUCAUGAUCACUGAUUACUUGCUGCUCUUCCGGGUGUACGGGCUGGAGAGCCUGAAGGACCUCUUCCCCAACCUCACGGUCAUCCGGGGCUCGCGCCUCUUCUUCAACUACGCGCUGGUCAUCUUCGAGAUGGUGCACCUGAAGGAGCUUGGCCUCUACAGCUUGAUGAACAUUACCCGGGGCUCCGUCCGCAUCGAGAAGAACAAUGAGCUGUGCUACCUGGCCACCAUCGACUGGUCACGCAUCCUGGAUUCGGUGGAGGAUAAUUACAUUGUGUUGAACAAAGACGACAACGAGGAGUGUGGGGACAUUUGUCCAGGCACCGCAAAGGGCAAGACCAACUGCCCUGCCACUGUCAUCAACGGGCAGUUUGUGGAGCGAUGUUGGACACACAGCCAUUGCCAGAAAGGUAUGCUGGGGUACGUGGGGCUCUCAGCUGUUUCUUCACUGUGCUUGUUAGCAGCUGCAGGCGUUUGCUGGACGAGGGGGUGGCCCCUUUUUUCUGCAGAGGCUCUGAUAUUAAAUACUUCCGGCUUUGCAGGCUGCGUGGCCUCCCGUGACAGCUACUCAGCACUGCCAUCGUAGCGGGAAGGCAGCCACGGGCAACCCAGAAAGAAAUGGGCACGGCUAUGUUUCAAUAAAACUUUAUUUACAAGCCAAGCUGUGGGCCAGCGUUUGCCAAUUGCUGUGCUAGACCGUCGAAUGUUCCUCUUGCUUGGGGGGGGGGUAGAGGUGGGCAAGUAUGGACUUUACUGUAGAAAAAGAAAGUUUAUUUCUUGAGUGACGAAAGAAGUAAGAUUGCUCAGUGUAGACAUUUGGCAAAAGAAAUGGGUAGAGGAAGGAAGCGAAACAACAAUCCUUAUCCCACAUUUAGUGGAGUACUUCCUUCUCGUGGUUCUGUUGUGCGUUUAUUUUAUUUACCUACCUUUCCCUGUCUCUGGGCAUUUAGAUCAUUUCCGGUUAUUCUAAAGAGAAGGAUGAGCAUUUUCGGGUCAAAGCUUUAUUGAGCAUUUUGUUUCUCUAGGCUUUGCUUUUCCAGAAGUGAAAUUUCUGGGCCAAAGGUUCUUGAUACUGAUUGCCAAAUGGCUUUCCGGAAAUGUUGUACUGAUGGGCGCUCCUCCUAGCAUUGGCUGAGAGGGAGCACCUUGGCCAGCUUUGCAUGUUGUUUGAAAAAUCUUUCAUAAUUUACCGGAGGGAGGAGCCGAUGUGUUGUCAUUGUUUCUGUUUGCAUUUCUUUGAUUGCUAUCGGGGUUGAACCUUCUGAAACAUGUUUAUUUAUCAUUUGGGUUUUCUCUUCCUGUUCAUAUCCUUUGUCCGUUUAUCUUUUAGUACUUUAGUGGUUUUUGAAAUACUAGUCUCCUUGCGGUUUUCUACACGAAGGCUGUUAACCCUUUGCCAACUGUGUCUUCAGACGCUUUUGUUCGGUGGUCAAGAUGCUCUGGAUGUCGGCUGCCAGAGAAGCUUAAAAUGUUUGGGGAGUCCGGGGGCGCCUGGGUGGCUCAGUCAGUUGAGCGUCCGACUUCGGCUCAGGUCACGAUCUCACGGUUCGUGAGUUCGAGCCCCGCGUCGCGCUUUGUGCUGAUGGCUCAGAGCCUGGAGCCUGCUUCGGAUUCUGUGUCUCCCUCUCUCUCUCUCUGCCCCUUCCCCGCUCACAGCUUUGUCUCUCUCUGUCUCUGAAAGCUGAAUAAACCUUAAAAAUAUAUAUAUUUAAAAUGUUUGUGGAGUCCAGAGUUGGAUGUUUGCAUGCCUGUCCUGUUACUCUAUGUUUAGAAAGUCCUUUUCCCCCCGUAAAAUGAAUGUGGUUUUUUCCCCCCAAAUUUCCUAUUUUAAUUUUAAUUAUCAAUAAAAAAAGCUCAUCCUGGACAUUUGGAAUCUGUUUGUGUGCGUGAUUCAAAGGGAUGUUCCUCUCCCCGCAAAUAACUUGUUGGGGUCUCAAUGCCUUUUAUUGAUGAAAUUUACUCCUUUGUCAUGAUUUGGGGUCUGUUUCUGGGUAUCGGUAAACCAGUUCCUUGCGUUGGGGCUGCUACCAUUCUAAUCAUUGUGGUUUUAUAAUGUUUUGAUAACCAGGAAGGCAAGUUCCAAACACACCCCCGUUACUUUUUCUAUUGUUUUGACUCUUUCGUACUUUGUGAAAUUCCCUGGGAAGAAUUAGCGAAUGUGAGAUCGAGGUGGGAGAAAGGGAGUGGAUGCUU